GCUCAUUUUUUCCGAAACGGAAGAAACUCGAAAGAAUUACUCGAAUUAAAUUAAUUUGCGUCUUUGCACUUCUUUUUAUAUCGACCCUCGUUCCAAGUAACCUCUCGAAUUUUUGUGUGAGGCCAAAGGCGGGGGGGAGCUUUGGGUCCUUGCUUAGGGUUCCUUAUGCAUAUUCUUGGAGCUAUUGUGCAUUUUUCAAGAGUCCUUCGAUUCAGAUCAGUCAUAGGACGGUUUCUUGAUCUGGGUCAUGCAUGUGGACGUGGAAGCCUAUGGAUCUUAAAGCCGUUUCUUAAUGUUGCUGUUUGAGUUUGUGGGCUCUCAAUAUUUUUUGGAUUCUUGUUCAGGGUUUUCAGGAUUUUGUUAGUUUGGAUUGAUGUUGGAUCUUUCUUGAAUGUAGUAAUUUCGACGGUUAUCGGUGUGGUUUGGGAUAAAUAUGGGUUCCAAAGGUGUUCAAAUAAGCAACGUUGCUGAAUCACUAGAUACUUUUUUGCGGCUUGGAUUUUGAAGAAACUUCUUGUUGCUUUGGGUUGUUUAUUUAUAUACGGGUUUGUUGGUUUAAGAACUUUUGGGUGGAGGAAUUAACUGGGUGGUAAGUUUGGAUUUUAUCUGUUGGCUUCUUGUGUAUUGAGAGCUGAAUGGGUGUUGUUGCUGAUUUGUGAAUUUGGGAUUCUUUUUGAGCUGGGUGAGCAUUGGUGGUUGGUUGCAUUGAUUUUUUCACGUAGGAGCUCUCAGAUUUUUGAGAAUUUUUUGAUGGUCUGGAAAUGCCAUCAGAUAAGCAGGUUUCUCCCAUGCCUUUUGUGUCAUUCCGUCGCUCAAUUUUAACGACGAGAGGUGAUAAUGCUCAUUCAGUAGGAUCAAGUCACGAUUUUGAUUCCCAGGACUCGGAAAUGGAAUCAUUUCAAAAGCUUGUUUUCAAUCGAUUUCACGAACUUUCAGUGGCUAAUGAUGAUGAGUUGCUGUCUAUUUCAUGGAUCCAGAGGCUACUGGAUGCAUUUGCCUGUUGUCAGGAGGAAUUCAGGGUCAUCUUGUGCAACAAAAAGGCAUUUAUCUCAAAGCCACCACUAGAUAAGUUCCUUUCUGAGUUCUUUGAUAGAAGCAUUAAGGCUCUUGAUAUUUGCAAUGCAACCCGUGAUGGGAUUGAGAAGAUUCGGCAGUGGAAGAAUCACUUGGAGAUUGUUCUAUGUGCAUUGGAUAGUAAUCAGAAGAUGAUAAGUGAAGGCCAUAUCCGUAGAGCAAGAAAAGCUUUGAUGGAUUUGGCUAUUUUCAUGUUGGAUGAUAAAGAAACUGGAUCUGUGUUUUCACACCGCAACCGGUCUUUUGGGCGCCUUCAGAAGAACAAGGAUCAUCACAAUCGUCGUGGGUCUGGGCAUUCAAGGUCUUUGUCCUGGAGUGUACCUAAUUCUUGGUCUGCAUCCAAGCAGCUCCAAUCAAUGGCAAACAACUUAGUUGCUCCUCGUGGGACUGAACUUGCAGCUGCUAAUGGUCUUUCUGUUGUUGUCUUUACAAUGAGUUUUAUUCUCAUGUUUGUUUUCUGGACUCUUGUUGUUGCAUUUCCUUGCCAAGACCGAGGCCAUCAAGUUCACUUCACCAUACCGAGGCAAUUUCCAUGGAGCACUCCCUUCUUUUUGCUUCAUAGUCGAAUUAUAGAUGAGUCCAAGAAGCGGGGACGACGAGAUAGUAAUGGUUUGUUAAAGGAAAUUUAUCAGAUGGAGAAAUGUAUCAAUCGCAUUACAGACUUGGUAGAUUCUGCUCAGAGCCCAUUGACAGAGGAACAGAGGAAAGAUGUCAGAGAUGGUAUACAAGAGUUAUCAUUGUUCUGUGAAGUAUGUAAGGCUGAACUUGAUCCACUGGAUCGCCAUUUGAGGGAAGUCUUCCGCAAGAUAAUGUCUUGCCGGACAGAGGGUCUUGAUCUCUUGGGGAAGGCUGCUCAAACAUAAUGCUUUGAUUUGGUGGGUGAAGAAGAAAUUUAAAGAAGUUUGAAUGGAGUAUACAUAAUUUAAAUGUUUUUGUUUUUAUUCCUGGUGAAUGGAAGGAAGAUGUUCGAUUGAAGGAUGUAAAUGAAUUCACUAGGUAACCUUUUGUACUUGUUAAUAUGCUGUUUGGGAGGAGGACAAGAAAGAACAGAAAAACCACAUGUCCAUGUUUUGUAUGUUGUUUUAUAGUUUAUCUCCAAAGUUGCUUUGGUUUCUUAACAUUUUUUUUCGUGAUCUGUAUUUCCAGUAAAGGACAAUUGUCUUCUUUGUCAUAUUUUAUGCCCAUGUUUAAAGCCAUCAAGCUAUUCUGUUAUUAA